AUGUUUAGCAGGAUUUGCACAGCGAGGUCGAUAAGCCGACAGGCUUUCAAAGUCCCAGGGUGGCCACAAGUACGCCUCGUGUCGUCACUCGAAAGCAACCCUCACAUUGUACGGGAAACCCCAACGCGCACGAAACAACAGUUUCACAGUCCAAUGAUGCUGACAUGCUCACAGUAUGUUUUCCCCGUAAAAGGAAAUGAUAAUUCAAAUAUACUCUCACUUCUACCAACCGAGCCCGUCAAUCCUGAUCUUGCCAUUGGAGUCACCAACAAGCUACCGCCGACCCCGGACUCUCUGAGAGAGAACCCCAAAUUUUUGGACAUCCUUCAUGAAGUUUUCGCCAAGCAUGCCCAUGAAGAUCCGGAAGCCCAGUCUCAGGCUCAGGUCAUGGUCUCAACGUCAGGCGCAAAUCUUUACACCGGUGGCGUCCUGGUGUCUAGCAAACGGUCAAACAGAAAGCACGUGGAAGCCGAAGAUUCCAGCGGAGGCGCAAGUGGUCAAGGUGGUGCCGGUGGUGGUGGCCAAGGGGGGUGGAUUCAUCUCUCAGACAGGAGGCGAGCUCCCGAAUUCGGCAGAACUGCAUGGCCAGAGGAUAUCUUCGGCAGUCUUGAGGUCGGUGGGGACGGUCAAUUUGUGGGGGGGAACGGCAAGUAUCAAGCAAGCGGCACCUAUCGAAUGGUCACUCGUGACGGCAUUCUAGGCUUGACACCUUUCUUGCGAGACAAACUCGUGCAACGCCUCCGAGAGCUGGACCAGCAAUGA